CCAGUGGCAAGAAGGGCCGCCUUGGCGACCUCAUGGUCAUGGAUGACGAGAGCUACCGCCCUCCGCCCUCCAAGUCAUCUGCCCAGAAAAAGUCCAGCAAAUCGUCUUCCAAGUCGGCGUCUUCAUCUAUCGCUCGCAACCGAGCCCAUCGAGCAACUGUGAAACCUGGAGCGUACGAAAUUCCGCAGAUGUCAGCUCCGCUGGACAUGUGGAUCCGAAAGCCCUCUGCCCCGAAGAGUAGUCUUCUAUCUCGCCCGGCCCAUGUGUCCGCCCCAGCUCGUCUGGCUGAGGUAACCACUCCCAGAGCGGCCCCCACCCCCAAGGCAGGGAGUAGAAGGCCAGUGCCAGCGCCGAGACGGCAGCGGUCGGUAUCGAGUGAGCUAUCACCGGCACCAGAGACGCAGGUUACUAGACCACUUCAGCGCGUCGAGUCUAGCCUGCUGUCCCCAGCACCGCCGACGCCACCGGCUCCAGCUUCGCAGCGUUCUGCCAAGGCACUACCUGCCGCCCCGUCUCGUUCUCGUCCUUCUACUCAGGCAGAUCCUACGCCACGUCCUUCUCAGAAGGAGCGCCAAGAAUGUGACGCCGCACCCGCGCCCAAGAGUCCUUCGCCAACAGAGUCACCGCCUACGGACGUGGCUCCCGGAUUCGACGACAUAGACGAUGUCCUCGCCGAGUAUGCCGACUUUGCCGUCAGCCCCACCCAGUCAAUGGUCAGCCUCGCGUCCAGAAGAAGCAUCAACACUCCAAGAACGCCGAGACGCCAACCGACCGGCUCAAGAUUGUCGGCUUCGCCUCUUGCGAGUCGUACGCACCUGCCGACGCCAGCCAGAAGCGGUGCAAAUGACGCGCCGCCGUCAAGCCAGACAAGCACGCCGGCAAAGCCUCGCCCUGGCAUGUCCCUGACGUCAGAGAUCUGGCGUGAACAUGAGCGGGACUUGGCGGGUGAAGAUGCCUCUCGCGAGAAGGCUCGCAUGCAAGCGGAGGCGCGGUGGGAGCGACAGCGACGAGCUGCGGCGUUGAGAGAAGAAAUGGAUGAAGAGGAGGAAUUAGACUUUGACCUGCAGUUCCUUGACACUCUACCAGUGCCUGCCCAGGAAGCCGUCGAUGAGGCGCAGGAGGAACCCUUAGAUGCGCGAAGGCGAUCGUCUCGUGGCCGUCCUACGGGCCCCAAGUCUUCUGCCACGAAGCCUGAUCCCGAGGAACAGGAGAGGCUGAAGAACAAGAAAAAGGAGGAAUCGGCCUUCAAGAAGCUCCUGAGUGACCGAGCUCGCGACUCUCGCCGUGGACGCGGUGAAGAAGCCAUCGGUGCCGCUCUAGAAGCAUUAAAGACUCCGCCCCGCGGCCCCGACCAUGGGUCGGGAGAUGCUGCAUGGAUGGGAAGCGAGGCGACCGGACUCGAGCUGGACGACGACACCAAGGCAGCCGCACAGAUGUUCAUGGCUGAGCGAAGCGCCGCUGCGAGUCGAGAGCAAGAGCUGUUGGCGUUGACCAAAGUGUUCUGGGACGAAAGGCCGAUUGCUGAGACUACGCCGUCUGGCAGGGUUGUCUUGUCAACCACUGAAGAAGACAGCGACCCAGUCGUGGAGCUGCUGCAUGAUGUUGAAGACCCAUCAACCCUCAUGGCGUACCUCACCGCUGGUAUCCUGGACGCUGCCGACAGAGGGUCCAUCCCGCGCAUAGCCGACUGGCUGUUCGCCACCGCGUUCGUCACGGAAUCGACCGAGCUUGCGUGGACCGCUGUCUCUAAGCUCCAGCAGAUAAUGGAUACGCACGACCCCCACCCAUUCAUAACAGGAGAGCGACUGUUCAAGCGAAUCGAGUCCGUGUGGGCCUCACUCGGUGCCAGGCAGGGACAGCCGACAUCGAACCUAUUUGAGGACGGAACAGUUCAACGCUCCCGAGACGACGCGAGUGCCAUACUCUGCGUCAUCAUCGAGGCGGCUGUCCAAAAUUGCGGGAAAGGCGAUGGGUUCACCGAGGCGGACCUCGAAGGACUUAUCCUCCGGCUGUUCGCUCUACUCGCCGAACCUUCGACUACAGCUACGCUGUCGCAACAGAUCGCUCAAACGAUCGGCCGAACCCUCCUUCUCACCCCAACGCAGAACAUUGCGGCCCUCGCCUUCAAAGCCGCUGAACUCGUGGCGCCGUUAUCCAAACAGCUGCAGGCUCGUGCUGUGCUCACCCUUGGCGGAGGUACCUCUGCGGUGCGCCAGCUAGUCCGCUGGCUAGCGAUUAGUCUCAUCCUCCCCGAGAUCCGCGGCGAGAAGGAGCAGCCUCCAUCUGCAGUCGACAUGGACAUUUUGCAGCAAGGUCUGGACCACAUCCAGGACCUGAUGCCUGAUGGUACGACCGAUUACUGGCCCGCAAGCGACGCCUUCACUCUCUGGUCGCUGGCGCUUGGCGAUGAGUCCGAGGACGCCAACGGCUCGGCGGACGACACUCGCCGCCAUCUCAACAGACUACUGCACUCUAUUCGCGACAAGGCGCAAGAAGGCCCAGCUGCGUCGCUCAAGGGACGAAUGGACCAGCUGAAGCAUGUGCUCAAGCUGCAAGAUGAUAAGCGCCAGGGCCGGCGCGGGAAGCAAACAGACGCCACAAGCUGGCUCUUUGGUGAAGAGAGGGGCCAGACGAAGUUGUCGUUCGCCCCUACUGGAGGAGCUUAGAGUAGUAUAUUGUGAAUUGUUGUAGAACAUAGCACGGCG